UCCACAAAUUUAGCGAGGGUUGAGAAAGCUGACGAGUCGUGGUCGAAUUUAAAAUGACCCGAAGCUAAUGUUUAAGAAAAAAUUCAAAUAUCCGUAUUCCCUUAACAGUUCAUGAAUCGCAAUUUUCUAAUAAACCAGAGUUUGAUGAGUGAAAUUGCAUGCUCUCAUCUCUUUCCGCGAAGUGUUGAUAUAUUGUAUAUUUACUGUUUGAAAUGAGCUUUGGUUCGUAGCAGGAUUGAGUGUUUGAUGAAGCUUUUUCUCAAGAGUUUGAUGGUAGAAAAUGAUGUUGCGAUAAAGCCCCUGUCACUGAUCUCCAGAUCAGAGCGUAAUGCGGGAGCAGAUGAGGAAGGGGUUUACUUGAUGGAUGCGACUUACGAGAAAGACUUUACUGUAAGGAACAGCGGGAAAAGCUUUUUUCUAGUUUGGAAGGUGAUGCAAAUCUGCUAUCAAUUGCUUGGGAUUGGAAAACAAGCGACUCAAAGGGAAAUAUUCUACAAUAUUCUAUCAACAUCGAGCUCUUACAUUACAAGCCAGAAUCAAGUAAACAGUGCUAUCCAAGAUGCUGUGGCAGUUCUGCUUUGUACUCGUCGGAGCCUUGGCAUUCUGGCUUCAAGUAAAGGUGCCGUGGUUGGUCGACUUGUGAUCAAGGAGCAUGGUGGAGAUACGGUCGAUUGUAGCAACUUAGGAUCAAGCUCAUAUCCUAUCAGCGCGGACAUGAAUAUGAAACAACAUUUUUACUCGGAUGCAAGAUAUAUACUUGUGAUCGAGAAGGAUGCCAUUUUUCAAAGAUUGGUGGAAGAGCGCUUCUUCCUUAAAGUUCCAUGCAUAAUCAUGACAGCAAAAGGCUUUCCUGACUUGGCAUCCAGAGCAUUAUUGCAUCGACUGCACCAAGAAUUUCCGAGCAUGCUUAUUUUCGCUCUCGUGGACUGGAAUCCAGCAGGUCUGGCCAUUAUUUGUACAUACAGAUUUGGGAGCAUUAGAAUGGGGUUGGAGGCACCACGUUACGUUUGCGAUGUCAAGUGGCUUGGGUUGCGCAAUCGAGACGCUCUCACCUACGUGCCAGCAACUGCUUUUACGAGCCUUACAGACAGAGAUAUGACGCAGGCAAGGAGCUUGCUUGCUUCGAAGAUGCUCCAGAACCACAAGCAGUACAAGCAGGAGAUACUCGAAAUGCUUACUUUCGGACAAAAAGCUGAAAUUGAGGCAUUAUAUGCUCAUGGCUAUGAGUUCCUCGCCAAGUUCAUUACUAAGAAAAUCGUACGUCAAGAUUUCAUCUAACUUCUUUGAAGAUAUUUUUGGCGCGUUUGCUUGGUUCUCAUUUAUCCACAUUCUUCCUGUUGUCACUAAGGAAGCCCACACUGUGCUGUAGUCGGUGGAUAGCCUAAAUGAAGAAAGAAAAUUAGUUCAAUUUGCCAUAUAAGGAUGGACAUGGUUGCAAACUUCGCGGAUUCUUAAAAUACACAUCCAGAAAUUAGUGACCCUGAAUCGAGUGCAACUUUUAAGGAUUCCCUUUUAAGUUCGAGUUUCUCCUGAAAGUGUCAACUCGCCUAUGUUCAGCUAUUGUAAAAAUAGCGAAGAAUUUAAGCUCGGAGUUCCAAAGUGCAACUUGUUAACGACGCAAACUUGUCAAAAUAUCAACCGCAAUGUCUUCCUACAGUUCACUGAAUCGCUGCGGUACUUACACAGCGGAAACGGUGUACUGAAGUAUGAUUGUUGGUUAGUGAGUAGCUUACCCGAGAAGUUAGCGGAUUCAGAGGUUUUGAAUUUGAUGUCUGUCAAAUACUCCUACAAUUGAGCUAGUGUUGAGAAUUCCAAGAGCUGCGAAAGGUCUUUGAGGUAAACUUUGAAGCUUUCCACUCCUUUAGAGUUACCUAACAAAACCACCAUAUAUUCCAUAAUCAAUAUACUUUAAAGUA